AUGACUACCAUUGAUAUUCCUGAGUCGGUUCAAGCUGUUGAUGUCUUUGCUAUCGAUACUGGCGCUAUUCUCGAUAUUCCUACAUCCACAUUCGUCAAGCCUGUCUAUGGAGGCUCGGAACGCCUCCAAUGCCCAGCAUAUGUCUUUCUGAUCAGACAUACAUCCGGAAGACAAGUCCUCUUCGACUUGGGUCUACGCCAUGAUUGGAAUAAUCUCCCGCCACAGAAAGUAAAAGCUAUCAACAAGAACGGGUGGCGCAUUACUGCUGGCAAGUCUCUGGAACAGGUUCUGGCAGCGGACGGCAUCGAUGUUGCAGAAGGCGCCGUGGAUACAGUCAUCUGGAGCCAUCCCCACCUCGACCAUGUAGGAGACAUAUCGGUCUUUCCUCAGACCACCACACUUGUCGUCGGCAAGGGAUUCAAAACCGAGCAUAUGCCAGGCUACCCACUAAAUCCAAGCUCAGGCGUGUGGAACAGCGACUUCGAGAGUCGCGAUGUGCACCAGAUUGAUUUUGAAGACGGCUUGAGCAUCGGCGGCUUUCCUGCUCACGACUACUUUGGCGAUGGUAGCCUCUUCCUUCUCGACACGCCUGGCCAUAUGAAGUCACAUGUGUGGUUUAUCUUCAUGGGUGGUGAUAUCGCACAUCAUCCGGGGCAGAUCAGGCCAUCCAGCUACCGUCCUCUACCAGUUUCCAGUCCUGUCCUUCAUCUCGUAGCUUCCGAUGAGAUGGUCAAAGUUAGCGAUGGUGAUUUGAAAAAACCCUUCUACAAGCCUGCGCCCGGCAUACAUCACGAUAUGAACAUACUGCAGGACUCGCUUGAAGCUGUGAGAAAGUUCGAUGGCGAUGAUAGGGUUCUCAUACUGUUAGCUCACGAUAGCUCAUUGCGCGAGCAUCUCGAGUCAUUCCGAAACAACAUUGACAAGGCUUUUGAUCUGAAAACACAUGAUCAAAUGCGGUGGGAAUUUCUGAAUGGUUUGGGAAGCAUCUCUUAG